AGUGAAUCGAAUUUUUCAGAGGCAUUCGUGAUCGAACUUGCCUCUAAUUAUAAUUGCAAAAUAUGCUUUAGUCGUCUUUUGUGUAGAAUAAAACUUGAAGGCAUUUAUUAUAUUAGUGGGACUUUUAGCUGCAAUUGCGUAAAGAUAAAAGCUUGAUUUUCCUGAAAUAGUCCUAAACGAAUUGAAAUAACAGUCCACCUACUACGGCUUCACCGUUUGGCCACCGCCGACUCCACAUCAUUUCGUUUAUGCAUCUUUAAUUUACGACUACAUCACACGUUAUAACCUACAUGCUGAGUAGGCCAUUGGCUCGUGCCGUUUCAUUUUUGCGCGUUGCGUGCGUGCGCGCGUGCUGUGAUGUGUUGAGGGCUGUCUGCAUAUGGGAGAGGAAUAUUUAAAUGUCUCGUGUUUUUAAUUGACGCCCGAACUGGAACUGUGGGCUCAGAGACGAGGAACAGCCCCCCAUCUACCGGCAGCGUUGCCUCCGACUCCUCUGCUCACUGCGCACAAUCCGGAGCUGCUCUGCCUGCGCGCUGCUCAAGGAUCUCACACAGCUGAGCCUCAGAACCUCAGAGCCCAUUUGGAUGCGCUGAGAGAGUGGGGCGCAGCGCUGCAGUACAGUAUAUGGAAGUUGUGGGCUGCAAGACAGAGGCAGGCAGUUGCACGUUGCGUCCAGGACCGGGAGCCAUGCUUUUCCACGGGAUCUCCGGGGAUCACAUCCAAGGGAUCAUGGAGGAGAUGGAGAGACGGUCGAAAACGGAGUCGCGUCUGGCGAAGGGCAUGCAGCUCAACGGGAGAGAGUCGCAGCCUGAAGAAAGUAGUUUCCAUGCGGUGUCUGCUCUCUCUCUGACCCAGACGAUGCCUUCGAUGAGCCCGGAGAAGCCCGCUCUGUGCGCCGGCUGCGGCGGCAAGAUUUCGGAUAGAUACUACCUCCUGGCCGUGGACAAACAGUGGCACCUGCGGUGUCUCAAAUGCUGUGAAUGUAAACUAGCGCUGGAGUCGGAGCUAACGUGUUUCGCCAAGGAUGGGAGUAUCUACUGCAAAGAGGAUUACUACAGAAGGUUCUCCGUGCAGAGGUGCGCGCGCUGCCACCUCGGGAUUUCGGCCUCGGAGAUGGUGAUGCGAGCGCGCGACUCCGUGUACCACCUGAGCUGCUUCACGUGCAGCACGUGCAACAAGACGCUGACGACGGGCGACCACUUUGGCAUGAAGGACAGCCUGGUCUACUGCCGGCUCCACUUCGAGACGCUGGUGCAGGGACCGGACUACCACCCGCAGCUCAACUUCGCGGAGCUGGCGGCGAAGGGCGGCGCCCUGACGCUGCCGUACUUCAACGGCACCGGCACGGCGCAGAAGGGAAGGCCGCGCAAGAGGAAGAGCCCGGCCAUGGGGAUAGACAUCCCCAGCUACAACACAGGCUGCAACGAGAACGACGCCGACCACUUGGACCGCGACCAGCAGGCCUACCCUCCAACGCAGAAGACCAAACGCAUGCGGACCUCCUUCAAACACCAUCAGCUGCGGACAAUGAAAUCCUACUUCGCCAUCAACCACAACCCGGAUGCCAAGGACUUAAAGCAGCUGGCCCAGAAAACGGGCCUCACUAAGCGGGUUCUACAGGUUUGGUUCCAAAACGCAAGAGCCAAAUUCAGAAGGAACGUUUUGCGACAGGAGAAUGGAGGUGUUGAUAAGGCUGAUGGCACCUCACUCCCUCCACCCUCGUCCGACAGUGGGGCCCUGACCCCCCCCUCCAGCGCGGCCACACUAACAGACCUGACAAACCCCUCUAUCACUGUAGUGACCUCCGUCACCUCUAGUUUGGACAGCCAUGAUUCGGGGAGCCCUUCACAAACUACCUUGACAAACCUUUUCUAACAAGCGAUCUCAAGCAGACUGAUUUUCUUUCCUUUUUAUUUGAUCUGAUUUUUUUCAAUUUGUUUUGUUUGUCUUAUUUUAUUUCCUCAAUUUACAUUUUAUUUUUUUAAGUGACACCUUUAAAUCGACCAGAGACAGCUCCUUGGGACAGAAAGUGCUGUACUGUGUACACGACAAGAGCACCACGUUCAACAACAGCAGCAUAAAGAGGAAAUCACUUUAAUGUGUAGCAUUUGACACAACAUGGCCGCCGUGUCUGUAGUCGAGAUUCUGGACUGGACAUUUUGAAGGCAUUAGGAAAUCUUCAUGGACUCACACAGUUACUGGAAAAAACUAAACCUGAAGAUUGUCUGGAAAAAUAGUUUGACUUGAUUUGACUUUAUUUGUACAUUUGCAUUGAAUUCUGAUAAAACAGCCCUUCUUAACUUAUGCUUAAUUGGUAAAUCUUAAAGUAAGACUCAGACACCUGUAUAUGUAUGCACUGUGUCCACACUAACCGAUCCAUUUUUGUUUUGGAGUAAUUUGCUAAAUAAACCUGUAGAAUGUUCUGUAUCUGGGUAAAACAGGCUUUAAUGACUUCCACAGAGCUACAUGUAAAACGGCACAAAUCCCAUUCCGACCGCGCGCCUACUGCGAUAGAGACAAACUGUGGCCUGUGGAGGAGUAAGCGCUCACCGUGUGACGCAGAGACGCUGGUAGAAACUGCUUGAGAAUUAGAAACGCGCCAGGGAAAUUUGGAUUGGGAGCAGUUCACGGGCACCGCUGUAACCGACUGUUUGACGACAGAGCACUUUCCUGGAUUCGUUGGCCUCAUAGAUUAACCGUAGCGAAAUGGAUCGGUCCUGCUGAACAUAUCCGUAGACCCACAGCUAAACCCAAUUGCACAGUGACAUUAUACUGCCCAAUGAAAAGUGCAUUAUUGUUUCUAUCAUGUUGCUCAGGGUAACGACGUGAUUUGGAAAAAAGGGAAAAAAGGAGGUGGUUGCGACGCUGCAGACUAGAUGGGUAGAGCUGACGUGAACAUUCGAAUGACCUCAGACAGGUGGAGGCAGCCAGUGGGAGUCAUCGUCAUGUGUUCUCCUUUUGGGCCAUACUUAUCCUUUCUUUAACGACACUUGCCACUGAACAGACCAAAAACAUGUUUCUUCUGGCUGAAAGAUAGAGAGAUGAGAACGAGCAAGUCUUCAAUGGAGUUGAUACAUUUCAUUGCGAGCGUCACAAUUUGUUCUGUUGCGGAACAAAGUGGUUCUCUAGAUCUACUUAAUCAAGUAGACGCCUAACUCAGUUCUACUACGUGCCUUAUGCUAUAACUUGGGAGAAAGUAUGUGAAAUUCAGGAUAUAUGUGUUCUUUGUUAACUGAUUCACAUCCUUUUGACGCCUCACUAGUUUUGUACUGUUUUGCAUCUUAUUUCCGAAGAUCUUUUUAUGGUGUAUCCUGUUAAAAAGGGGGCAGCGAUGUCAUAGAAAGCAUUUGUGCACUCUUUCAGAUAUAGUUGGGUAAUCCAAGAACCUUAUAUAUUGAUCUUCGUGUUAAUAGUUGAGUACAGUAAGUGUUCUAUCAAGAUUGUCCAUGUUUCCCUGUUUCUUGAUAAAGAUGGUGUAUAGAAACUAUUUCCCCUUAAAUAUUUAUGGACCAAACGGUUGUUAUAUAUCUUAUUAAAUUUGUGUGAAUAAAACUACUUUGCUUUAAA